AUGGCUCCCCACCUCCUGGCCGUGGCCGUGGCCGCCAUCAUCGCCGCCGUCUCGCUGCUCGCGCCCGGCGCCGCUGGCUACCCGUGGCCAAUUUGUGGAACAAGCAACGACUUCAUGCCCAACAGCACAUACCAGGCCAAUCUCAACCUCCUGGCCGCCACGCUGCCCAAGAACGUCUCCGCGUCCCCGACCCUCUACGCCACCUCCGUCGCCGGCGCUGUCCCGGAGCAGGUCUGGGCCAUGGGGCUCUGCCGCGGCGACACCAACGCCAGCAGCUGCCUCGCCUGCCUCACCCAGGCGUUCCAGGACCUGCCCAACGACUGCUCCUACAACAAGGACGCCACCAUCUACUACGACCCCUGCAUCCUCCACUACUCCGACGUCCACACCCUCCCCGGCGACGACACCGGCCCGACGACACUGUCGUACACCAUCAACAACAACGCCAACGUCACCUCCGACCCGGCCCGGUUCGAGCGACUCCUCGCCGCGCUCGUCAACGCCACCGCCGAGCACGCCGCGUACAACUCCACGCGGCGGUUCGCCACGGGGGAGGCCGACUUCGACCAGGAGUUCCCCAAGGUGUACACCCUGGCGCAGUGCACGCCGGACCAGACGCCGGCGCAGUGCCGCAGGUGCCUCUCCGGACUUAUAUCGCAAUCGCUAGACGGGUUCCAGAACAACAUCGGAGGCAGGGUGCUCUGGGUCAACUGCACCUGGCGGUACGAGACCGCGCCUUUCUUCAAUGGACCGGCCAUGGUGCGGCUGGCAUCGUCGAGCCCUCCAGCACCGGCACCGGCACCGGCGACGGCCGCGACAGGAAGAGGGGAGAGGAAGUACAGUGUCUUCAUUGUGGUUCUUGCAGUUGUGCUGCCUACUCUAGCUGCACUGAACCUUGUGUUUUGCUUCUGUUUCUGGAGGCGGCGGCGACCAGUAGCACAGGCAAAGCAGUCACAGCCCAUGUAUUCCACUGAAGCAGAGGACAUGGAGACGGUGGACUCCAUGAUGAUCGACGUCUCCACCCUGCGAGCCGCAACAGGGAAUUUCGACGAAAGCAACAAGCUCGGCGAAGGCGGGUUCGGCGCGGUGUACAAGGGUACUCUCCCGGACGGUAAUGAAAUAGCAGUGAAGAGGCUAUCAAGGCGAUCAGCACAAGGGAUCGGAGAGCUGAAGAAUGAGCUCGCCCUGGUUGCCAAGCUUCAGCACAAGAAUCUCGUCAGUCUAGUCGGCGUCUGCCUGGAACAGCAGGAGAGGUUGCUCGUCUACGAGUUUGUUCCCAACCGCAGCCUUGAUCAGAUACUCUUCGGUAUGGGACCACUGGACGGCCGGGGUGGUGUCGGAGGCCAUCGUAGACCCGUGCCUGGGAAGCUGCUUCUCCCGGAGCGACGUGCUAAGGUGCAUCCACAUUGGUCUGCUAUGCGUCCAGGAAGACCCGGCAGACCGGCCGGUGAUGUCGUCCGUCGUCAUGAGCUCGGUAGCGACACGGUCUCCCUUUGGAACCCGUCCAACCCGGCGUUCUACGCCAGGAACAGGGCGCCGGCCACCUCCAGCUAG